AUGGAUUCCCCACCCAAACGAAUGACGCGGUCGCGGGCUGCAGCAAAGGCCACUGAGCCGGCCAUCGCGUCCACCAAGAUUGUCACCGCUGCGGCCAGAGCAAAGUCGACGGCGACGGCCAGCACAAAGAGCACAGCGGCCAAGCGGAAAACACGGGCCGACGAGGACGACGAGCAGCUGCACAAGGAGGUCCCCGCGACUAAGAGAGCAGCCAGGGGCCGUCCGAGGAAAGCUGCAGAACCCGAGGAGCCUUCCUCGACAGCGGCACCCGCAGUCACUGCCCGCACGGCACGCGGUCGACCGCCAAAGAAGGCUUCGGCGACUGAGGUACCCAAGGAGGACCCUGCCCCGGCUCCCAGACCAGCCAGAGGCAGACCAAGGAAGGUUGCAGAGCCUCAGGCGGAAGAAGCUGCUCCAGAGCCCGCGGCGAGGUCUGCCCGGACGCGUGGUGCUACCGCCACCACCAUCAGCAUGGCAGCCAAAACUGCCAACAAGACGGCGACAAAGAAGUCGGUCAAGUUCCAGGAGCCAGAUAAGGAAAACAUCGAGCCUACUGUCAAGAAAGCACCAGUCGUCACGAGCAUCCGAGGCCGGCCUGCCAAGCGAGGUCCCGUAGCUGCGCCCCGGCGCGCUCAGGGAGCCGAGAAGGAGAAGAAGCCGCUGAGCCCUAAGAAGGUGACCCAGCUGAGCAUGAUGGUCCGCGACGAGGAAUCCGAGGAUGAGCUUGCAGGUGGAGAUUUCGUCCCCGUUCCCCUCAUGAAGAAGAACCCAAUCAAAGCUCCCAGCGUAGCACCCAAGCAGGCUGAGCUGAUUCUCGCAGAGCCUGAUGCAGACAGUACCAUGCAGGUCAAUUUCGAUAUCUUGAACCCCCCUGCUCUUACUACCGGCCUGGCCUCGCCUGCAAGGAGGCCCCCGGCAACCCCAACGCCCUUCAAGGACUUGAUGAGGUCUCCAGCACGCAAGAUCGCUGCCAUUUCUUUCCCUGGAUCAGCUCUCAAAUCAGCAAGCAAGCCAACUGGCGCGAGCUGCCAAACUUCAUCGCUCAAAGGAUCACUACUCCAGUCCCCUGCCAAGCGACCCCCAUCACCCAUCAAAGGGUUCCAGCCUGCUUCGGCUUCGACUUUCGACUUCAACAUCCCUACUUCUCCUGCAAAGGUGUCCUUGCUGCAGUCUCCGGCAAAGCGAGCCAUCCCUGGUUUCAAGCCUCUUCUGAACCUUCCUCAACGAGAGCAGCUCAAUGGGCUCGGUUCUCCCGCCGCAAAGUCGCAGACCCCAUCUGCGCCUUUGAGUGCACAGAGGCCCUCUGCGAAGCUGAUGAUGGAUGAGGAGCUCCCUGGCGACGGAGAUGAUGACCUCGAUGAGAUCGAUACAAUCAAGUUCCCCGGGCGGCUCUCCGCUGUUCUCCCACGUGAGGCUGAUCCCUCAAUGUUGGAGGCAGAUGAAGAUGAAGAUGAACAAGAUCAAGAAGCCACCGACGCUAAUGACGGCGUGCCAGAAGAGGCUCAAGCCGAGCCUUGUAAGGCUGAAGAUGAACAAGCUGAGGACGGAGAAGAGACGGAGAAUGAGAAUGAGGACGAGGGGGAAGAGCAGGAGCCGGCUGUCUCGUCUCCCCAAGCCAGCCCCAAAGUCCAUGACAGCAUUUGCGUGAGCAUUCCCGGGGAAGAGGAGGAAAGUUCUUCAUCCGCCCCAUCUACCCCUUCGGCUUCCCCAGUUGAAACUCAGAACCCCAUGUACCAGCUCCGCCCUAAGGACCUUUGCGACGGAACGGACUCGGAAUCUGAGGAUGAGUCCACAAUACAUCUCCAAGCUACUCCAACAACUUCGUCGCUGUUUGCAUCCAAGAGCUCUAGGCGGUCCACUCUAGGUUUCACUUCUCUGGCUGAGCAGUUUGGAGCCUGGAGCGCCACCAGCCCUACAAAGCCGGCUGCUCGUGUGGAGACCCGUGAUGAAUCACCUAGUCUGGGGUCGGGCGACGUAUCCCCGGCAGUUGAGAACUUCUUUGAGGAUGAAAUGCAUGUUCAUCCAGGUGGCGAGGGCCAACCAGCAGUGCCCUCAAUUUCCAUGGAGAAUGGUACCGGUGAGGAGGCUUUUGACGACGUGAUGAUCUUGGAUGAGGACAUUGAGCUCGCCCAGGAAGCAGACGAGAUGUCGCUCAUGGAGCCUGAACAACUGCUCAAGCCUGAAGCUCAGAGCUUUGACGACAGUCUUUCCGACGCAAGCCAAGAAUACGGUGAUGAGAACCAGAUGCCCAUCGAUCCUGCCAUCUCAGCCACAACGACACCUGUGCGACCGCUGAUGAAGACAUUCAACACCACGACCAAGGUUCCCCUGAAACCUGCAGACGACUCAACACCAAGCCCGGUGAAGAAGCGCAGCCUCAGUGCGUCCCGUGUUACGCUGAAGAGGCCUUCUGCUGGCCUCGGCAGGAACGGCACUGUCAUCUCUUACUCGCCCAGCAAGGACAGGAGGAGGUCUUCUCGUGCAGCUGAUCGCUCUGCGAUGCCAGAAACCCCGAGCAAGUCGGAUAUCUGGUCUACCAUGGGCACACCGGUCCGAACUCCCCGCAAGGAUGUGGACCCUGCCCUGCUUCGCGGCGCAGUCGUUCACGUGGACGUCCAUACGAGCGAGGGCGCGGAUGCCAGCGGUAUCUUUGUCGAACUCCUCACACAGAUGGGAGCCCGAUGCGUAAAGACUUGGCACUGGAACCCUAACAGUCUCUCUGGUGAAGACGCCUCCUCGAGCAAGAUUGGCAUCACGCAUGUCGUGUACAAGGAUGGUGGCAAGCGUACGCUCGAAAAGGUCCGCCAGACGGAUGGUGUGGUCCAAUGUGUCGGAGUCAGCUGGGUACUAGACUGUGAAAGAGAGAACGAAUGGCUAGACGAGUCUCCUUACUACAUCGACACCAGCCUCGUUCCACGCGGGGGUGCUCGCCGCCGCAAGAGCAUGGAGCCCAGGGCUCUCGCUAAUAAGAACGGCAAUGGAUCAAAGAGCACCAGCAGCUCCCGCGAGUCGAUGGGACCACCCGCAACACCGAUAAACCGCCGGCAGAGUACCGCGUGGAUGCACUCGCCAUCUGAAGGACUAGAGGGCCAGGAAGAUGAGGAGGAGGACGACAUUGAGUGGUCCAAGUUCAUUCUUACCCCUGUGCCGAAGACUCCAGCUCCGGAAGCAGUGGCAAGGUACGCCGAUGAGAUCCCAGGCACGCCGGGUGACGAUGAUACCGAAGAGCUUGAGAUGUCUCCCACAAGGCAGGAGCUUCUAACUCGCACAUGUCCCCCAAAGAAGUCUGCUCUAUUUCAGGACCUCGGACAUGGCAUCCUGAGUAAGGAUAAAGAUGAGCAGGUCUUGUUGCGAUUGAUGGCCGCCCGACGCAAGAGUCUUCAGUUUGCUCCCAAGGUCGGAAGCCCACUCUCCAGGACCUGGGCGUAG